AUGGCCAAGCUGCAACAGAAGCUUGAUGUGGCCGGGGAUGACAUUGCGCUAAUCAAUAUGCGUCUUGACGAAUCGCAAGAUGGUGCUUCCGCCGUUGAAAUUCUUUGGGCGGAGCAGGCCCGGGCCAAGGAGCAGGCCCGUGAGGCGGUAAACGAGUACGUGCAGGCGGUGAGGCACCUCGCCUGCCAGAUCCUUGACCUGCUGGGCGAAGGCCUGGGCCUCCGGGACCCUGCGUCCUUGAGCAGGCUCGUCACGACCACGGACAGCGACUCCCUCGUCCGAAUCAACAACUACCCACCUUCAGCCACCGGCGAUGGCGGCGUGAAAGCCGCGAGCGCCGUCGGGUUCGGGGAGCACUCCGACCCACAGAUCCUCAGCGUCCUCCGUGCCAAUGAUGUCGAUGGCCUACAGGUGCUCCUGCCGGACGGCCGCGGCGAGGACGCCUGGGUGCAAGUUCCGGCUGACCCUGCCGCCUUCUUCAUCAACGUCGGUGACCUUCUUCAGGCUUUGACAAAUGGGAAGCUGGUGAGCAUCCGGCAUAGGGUGAUGGCCAGUACCAGCAAGCCAAGGCUGUCAGCUAUCUACUUCGCGGCGCCGGCGUUGCACGAGUGUGUCUCGGCGCUCCCAGAGACGGUGACCGCCGACGCGCCGCGCCGGUACCGGCCGUUCACCUGGGCGGAAUACAAAAAGACGAUGUACACGCUUCGUCUGAGCCACAACCGCCUCGACCUCUUCAAAGUCGUCGGUGAAGGCAGUGGUGAUUCUGGUGAAGACAAGUCUCGGAUAUAGAUAUCAAAUGUGUUGUGCAUAAAUGUCGAGUUGUAUACAAAAUUUUGGUUCUUUGGCAACUAUGAACUGCAGAUUUCUUGGUGUUAUUAUCCUCAAUCAAUGUGUGAUUAUUAUUUAUGUAACAGAAGUCAGCGUCGUGCAGAUGUAAUUGUGUAGUAGUUCAGAUGUAAUUGUGUAGUAGUGAUAUGAGAAUAUUCUGUACUUCUUCUUUUAUCUUCCUUCUAUGUUAUACUCCCUCCGUUCCUAAAUAUUUGUCUUUCUAGACAUUUUAA